AUGCGCGCCGCCGCCGCGCUCGCGUCUCGCGCGUCGCGAUUCGCGCGAUCGAACGCCCGAGCGCCCGGCGCGCGCGCGCGAGGGCGCGCGCGAUCGACGGUGGCGCGAGAGACGCGCGCGAACGGGAAAGCGGCUGAGCUCGCGCCGCUGGAACAGCGCGUCGACCUGCGCGUGGGGAGAGUGCUGAGCGCGAAGCGACACGAGGACGCGGAGAAAUUGUACAUCGAGGAGAUCGAUCUGGGCGAGCCCGAGGGGCCGAGGACGAUUUUGAGCGGACUGGUGCCGUACAUGUCGGCGGAGGACAUCGAGGGGAAGAGCGUGAUCGUGUUUGCGAAUCUGAAGGCGCGUAAGCUGGCGGGCAUUCCCUCGCACGGGAUGAUUCUCGCGGCGUCGGACGCUUCGCACGAAAAUGUUGAGUUGCUCGUCGCGCCGGAGGGCGCCGUCGUCGGCGAACGCGUUCGAUUCGGCGAAUCCGACGAGCCGCAAGCCGAGCCGCAAACUCCGAACCAGAUUCAAAAGAAGAAGACGUGGGAGGAACUCCAACCGCUUUUGGUGACGAAUCAAGAUUGCGUGGCGACGUACGAAGGCGCGCCGAUGAUGACGUCCGCCGGUCCGGUGAAGUGCGCCACCAUGAAGGGCGCCACCAUCGGGUAA